AUGGGAAAGAACAUCUGCUAUCGGCAACGAAGGAGAAAAGAAGUUGUCCACGACGAUUGUGUACUCGAGGACUCCUUGUCCCAAGGUGACUCGCACAUCGAGGAGGACGCAAACGUGGACUACGAGAUGCUACUCAGAGGAUUACGAGUCUGUGCUGAGCGUGCCUCGAAGCCGCGCACGACAAACUUGGAUCGAAUUUUGAAGACGACCAAAGAGUUGUUAGAAGGAAGAAGUACUUUGAGGCUUGAUCCAAGUGAAUCGCACAUUGAGCGCCCGAUCAUCCCCACUGGUCAAGCUCCACCACGGAUUCUUCCUUCGGAAGUACGAGUCGCUAUCAAGAGCAUGAAAUCUGACACAGUCUCCGGACCUGAUUAUAUAUCAGCAGACUUUCUUUGGGCUGGAUGCUGCCCAGCCGGCCAGCUUCAAGAACAAGGUGGAUUCCGUCAGCGGUUCAGCUGCUUGGACUACAUCCAGACCGUGUCGAGGGCCAUGGAGGUUUGCCGCGAAUACCGCCUGCCCCUUGUUCUAACCGUCGUCGACUAUGAGAAAGCAUUUGACAGCGUAGAAACGAAUGCAAUACUGUCAGCGCUGGUCGAUCAAGGUGUGGACCCGUCGUAUGUGAGGACAUUAGCCAAUUGCUACGAUCGAUGCACCACUAAGAUACAGCUUUUCCAACGCCAUUGGAAAGGGGGUACGACAAGACGAUACUAUAUCGCCAAAGAUGUUCACGACUGCAUUGGAUAA